CCCAGGCUGGCUUUGGCUUCACUCCCUGCCUCAGUCUCCCUAGUGCUGGGUGCACAGGAGCUCACAGCCACAUCCCAGCAGAAGGUGUCAGAGGAGAGUCACAGUGAAAGACACAAGCUCAUUGGGGCCUUUCCACAGUAGCCCUCCCCCACCCCCUCCGCUUUUAUUUUUAGGUAUUUUUAGCUCAGGCGUUUAUCCAAAGUCCAAAUUCCAAGGUCUUCUUAGGCACCUCUCUCUGUUUAGCUAACAUGGAGGAGUGAAAUAGGAAGAUAUGUUCCCCAGCUCUGAUUGGAUAAGCUGCAUUUUUAAACUCCUACGGUAUCCGGUCAAGUUGCCAGAGCCUUGGAUUGAGAGUCAGCGAGAAGUCCUGUGCAUCUGUGCUGAUCCUCUUCCCCUGAACACCGCCAUUUCAGGACAUUGCUCUACCACCACUCUGCUGUAUAUUAAGUGGAGGCUUGAAAGCCGCCCGUGGAUUCAUCUCAGUAAGUGUCCCGGCAGCCAACCUUGGAUGCACUGUAAGGCUCUGGUCAUAUCCUAUAGGCAUGGAUGAGUGGAAACAUGCUCUGGAGUGAGAGUUUCUCAGAGUUCGGCCUCAGCGUCCAUCACAAGUAUGCACCCCUUUUCUCUUACUUCUCCUAUCUCUCUGUGGGGUUCCUUCCUGUGGUUUUAUCAUAAGUGAAUAGCAGAGUAGGUGAGACACUUUCUUCCCUCUCAGGAAUAGCAAUUUUGUCACAUGCUGGAGUUUGAUUCAUUUAGAUGGGUGGCAUUUUCAGCAAAAUGAGUUAAAAUGAAAACAACAUGACAACCAGAUAAAUCGAACAAUCUAAUGAUAGUUUUGGUUUGUUAGGAAGAGUGGUCACUCUUGUGUUAGCACUUAAGGGCACGAUGAUGCACAUUUCAGCAAGACGUCUGCAUAUGUGAAGGUCUUACAUCUGUGUAAGUCCUAAACUCAAAGUGAUAGCUACAUUUCUUUUCUCUAAGACCAAACACACAUGUCCCCAUGGAAGAGAUUAGUUAGUGAUGUUCUCUAUUCUUUGUGGGAAGCUGUUCAGUCAAUCAGCAUGUUUCAAACUCACGUCUCCAUCCUGGGUUUCCAGACUUCUGUAUGGGGACAGAUUGAGAUAUCCUCCUUGAUGUCCCAAUAUCACGCGAAGUUGGAGUGCUGCUUAAACUUGGAGCAUUUACCCACGUGCUCUCUGGCUUCUAGAAACCUAUUGAAAUCUCUCGGGUGUCUUAAGCUACAAAGUCAUCACAGUAUAUUUGCAGCAAAUCAAUGGAGAGUUAAAACUGAAUCCUAAGAGGUCUGACUCCUCAUCCCUUCCAUCACCCACUAACCUUGCCACUGUAUGUCAUUUCUGUUUCUUUCUGUUUUGAGGUCUCAGUGAAGAUAUUCCUGAAGAGUUGUUCAAGGUUCCUACUGCCCAGAUGGCCAAGCUGACAGCCACUCCUCUCAGUGCCCUUGUUGAUGAGCCUGUGCACAUCCGAGUCACAGGCCUGAUGCCCUUCCAGGUGGUGUGCCUUCAGGCAUCACUGAGAGAUGAGAAGGGCAAUCUGUUUGGUUCUCAGGCCUACUACAAGGCCAGUGGAGUGGGGGAGGUGGAUCUGGAGCAUGAUCCCUCACUUGGAGGAGACUAUCUGGGUGUCCACCCCAUGGGUCUUCUCUGGUCCUUGAAACCCGAAAAGCUGUUGAGUCGACUGGUAAAAAGAGAUGUGAUGAACAGCCCCUACCAGGUCCACAUAGAACUCCACAGCCCCCACUUUCCAAUAAAAGGUGUAGUUGUCAGCCCGCCCAUGGAUAGCCUGACUUUGGAAAGAUGGUAUGUAGCACCUGGUGUCACAAGGAUCCUGGUAAAGGAAGGCCGUCUCCGGGGAGCCCUCUUUCUGCCUGCAGGAGAAGGCCCUUUCCCAGGGGUCAUUGACUUGUUUGGGAGCACUGGUGGACUGAUUGAAUUCCGGGCCAGUCUUCUGGCCAGUCAUGGCUUUGCAGCCUUUGCUCUGGCUUACUGGGGCUAUGAUGACUUGCCCUCUCACCUGGAAAAGAUAGAUCUAGAGUAUUUUGAAGAAGCCGCAGAGUUUCUCCUGAGACAUCCUAAGGUCUUGGGCCCAGGUGUUGGCAUCGUUUCUGUAUGCAAAGGAGCAGAAGUUGGACUCUCUAUGGCUAUUAACCUAAAACAAAUAAAAGCCACUGUACUUAUCAAUGGGCCUAAUUUUGUUAUGAGCGAGCCACAUGUAUAUCAUGGUCAAGUCAACCAGCCCAUACCAUGCAAUAUAGAAUUCUUAACCACCAAUGCCUUGGGCCUUACAGAAUUUUAUCGAACCUAUGAGGAAACUGCAGACAAGGACAGCAAAUAUUGUUUUCCCAUUGAGAAAGCUCAGGGACAUUUCCUUUUUGUGGUGGGAGAAGAUGAUAAGAAUCUCAACAGCAAAGUUCAUGCUCAUCAAGCCACAGCACAGCUGAUAAAAAGUGGGAAGAAGAAUUGGACUCUGCUGUCUUACCCUGGGGCAGGUCACCUGAUUGAGCCUCCCUACUCCCCAUUGUGCUGUGCCUCAAGGAUCCCCUAUGUUAUCCCAACCAUCAGCUGGGGCGGAGACGUUACCUCACAUGCAGCUGCACAGGAACAUUCUUGGAAGGAGAUACAGAAAUUUCUCAGGAAUCAUCUCCUUCAAGAUCUGAGCAGCCAGCUCUGAGUGGAUUUGAUGAUGUUACUGGGAAGUAGAAUUGUUCAUCUCCUGACCAGCACUACGUCUCACUUUCCCUAGAGGAAUGCCUCUGAUCUCUUAUUGGAUGACAAAGGAAGGGAUCACAAGAAAAUGCAAGUGGCCUGAAAGUGAUAAUACCUUCACUUUGGAAGGGGAAAAUAUUUUCCAUGUAAUGAAAUAUCAUGAAAUGAGAGGCCUAUAUCUGUAUAAAUAAAAUCUUAGACCUACCUUUCCUAAAAUUUCCAUCAUCAUAGUAAUUUUCUGUAAUAAUUUUUAAGGAAAUUAUUAGUGAUAAACCACAGAAUACUCUGCGUUAUAAAGAAACAUGAGAAGAAUUAUAUAUUGGCAUUUACUAAUUUCUUAAAACUCACAUUAAAUAUGCUUAGAUCAUCUUUAUUGUCACCAGAAGUCUAGAGAUAGGUGUUUUAAGGCAUCGUGAAUGCUUAUGUGUAUACAGGAGCAUUGAAUCGGUUUACAAACAAUUUAGCCUAUGUUAACAAAUCACUUUUGCCUCUAAACAUUUAUAGCAUUUCAGCAUUCUCUGUAAUAAGAAGGGAACAAUCUGAGACCUACAGAGGUGCAGCUAAGAGAAGAAGCAUGAUGAGGAGGACUGAGGCCCUCUAGGUUAAGGGUUAGCAGUUUUGCUUUGUUUUGUUUCUGAAAAGUACUACUCUACGAAUAAUUUCAACAUUGUCAUCUGUAAGUCUUCUGUCAGUAUGCCACAUUCUGUUAUGAUAAUAGGGGACGUAUGUAAUGAAAAUGAUGUCUGAAUUCCAAUUAAACUUUUAAUCCUGUAUACUGAAAUUUACACUUAAUAAUUUUGUGUUGACAACAGUAAUUUUAUUUAAAACUUUCAAGCAUUUGCAAGUGUAAAUCAUUGUUAAUCCAUGGGCAAGCUACAGGCUCACAAGGCAUAAUUUCUAGAGCAUUCCAAGUAACUGGACAAAUCAUGGCACAAGUAUCUCUGAGCUACUAAAUUGCAAUGGGUGGAAGUGGAGGGGAACUGGUGGUUAAUAGGGUGAAGCUAUCUGUGUACAAAUAUACUUCAGACCAUUUUUGAAGCAUGUUUUGAAGCAUGAUGGGAAACCAGUAAAGAAUUACCAUAGUAGCAACAUGAGGACAUUUCUCCUGUGUCUGCCUGAACUCUUUUACUGCUUUGUGAGGCUUUCUCCUCUCUCUCUCUCUCUCUCUCUCUCU